AUGCUUGAUCGGGCUGAGAUUCUCAUUAUCGGAAUAGCGGGCACCCGUGCUCCAUAUGGGUACAACAUAGCACUCGGUGGUGCGCGUGGCAAGCAUAGUGAAGCAACGAAGAAGCUCAUCGACUCGUACCACGUAGGCAAGGUGGUGUCAGCGGAUGUGAGAGAAAAGCUUCGGCUUGCCAGUACCGGUAGAAAGAUAACCGAGGCGACCAGAGUCCGACUGUCUUCAUACAUGACCGCAAAGUACGCUGCUCUCGAUCAUCAAGUGUACGUGUUUGAUUGUUUUACACACCGAAAGGUCUUUGAGAGCCCCACUCGUUCAGAGGCACUCAAAAGACAUCCAGAACUAACCUACACUACUCUACGACGCAGUCUGGUUUCCCCGCACUACAAGUUCAAGUUCGGUGGAUCCUGGUGCUAUGCGAGGUCCAAGGACAAGCCGGAGGAGGGCAUCUUCCACCGGAUUGGCAAGCCAGUACGGAUAGUCAACCAACACGGUUCAACCCAGCUAUUCGCAAACCUGGUGGAAGCUCGCAACCACUUGAACGUGAAGAGAGGUGUAAUCGAAGGUUGCAUACAGCGUCAGUCUCUGAGUUCCUACACGCUCAAUGAAAUGCUCCAAGGAGAACAAAAGCGAUGGGAUCAUGCUGACGGUGCGAAUGGGUCGUUGGAUUUUGCUGACAACGCACAAGAGACAGUUGCCGCCACAGCGCUGCUGCGGCCAGCUUUCAGUAUGGCGCCUCUUAUGGAGAAGACCCUCAAGGUAGCAGAGAUGGCCGUGAAUGACCUGGUGAAAGCGCGGCAGGGUAGGAGGGCGCUCUGCGUCGCUGCCAGAGUCGUCAGCAAGCGUGAUCCUCGCGACCUGUCUCUGUCGCACAAGGCCAGACUCUGCGUGAUGGUUAGUCGGGCGGCUCACGUGCUGAAGGGCAACAGCAUGAAGCUAAAUCUGACGGUCGGCGAUGCGACGUCCUUGGAUUGUCUGUUCGCCAGCAAUCACCACUUGCUGCUGCACGACAUACCGCUUUGGUUUUGUAAGCUCAACGACGAAGCGAAUUCCGGCACAAAGGCCCUGGAGAGUUGGCAGGGAGAGUAUAUAACAGACAUAGCGUUUAUCGUCUUGAAGCUGCUCCGCAGCCCUAAGUACCUUUUCGCCUUGGAGGACAGCUUGAAGGAGCUGGGUGCCUCUGAUGCAGUGCGUCCUAUGCUCCAGUACAUGCGGCUCUUGGACAGACCGUGGAGCCCUUCCACCGACGAAGAGGGGCGGAAUUUCCGGAGGGGAGCGAGAGACAUGCUCAACUUCCUGAACACGGGGUACAUCUUCUUCCAGACGAAGGAUUAUGACCUGCCGCUUCACAGGGUGCGCAUUGACAUGGCGGCCGACAUGUACCUGAUGUGUGCGGCUUGCUUUGCGACCAAGCCCAAGGGGCUUGCGGGUCCAGACUGGCAGAAGCUGCAUCUCUGCAGUCGCUGUAAGACAAGGGCGUAUUGCUCGAAGGAGUGUUCGGCGAAUGACUGGAAGGAGCAUAAGGUAGUGUGCAGAAGAGGGAAGACGGAGAGAGGGGGAAGGGCGUCACUGCGGGUAUGGGAGGCGUUGACUAAGGUGGUCGGGUCGGACUGGUGGAAGUCGGUGGAUGACAUUCUCCUAGACAUGACGAAAGAGAGAGGAUCCUGA